AUGUACUCCUUCGAAGGAAGAUUUAAAUCUCGGCGUCAACCGCCCUACAUACCGGGACAGAGUAAUAUUGUUCAAAAAAUGCAAGAGGAACGUCGUUCCCGUGCGCAAAAUGCACGAUUGGAGAGAGCAGCGACUGUUAUACAGAGCUUCUACAGAGGAUAUAUAACUCGUCGAAUUACGGACGACAUGUUUACUAAGCAUUUUCUACAACUAUCGGAUAUGAUCUUAGCUCUUUCAACUGACGCUACUAAUGAUCCUCACUUAAAGAAAUCUAUGGAGUCCUGUCUUUCAGCUUUUCUCCUUACUUGUAGAUCAGGUUCAUCAAAUGUCUUGAUUAUGGCUAAAGUCCUUCUUACUCCAAUAUGUAAAUCAAUUUUUAUCCAGUCGAUUGUUGAGGGGCAUUCUCACCUUCUCGCAGUGGUUAAGCAAACCAUUAUAAAUUUCCUUUUACACCUCAAAAGUCUUCCGCCUUUAACUUCUACGGAUCAAUAUUCUAUUAUUUUAAACGUGUUAGAUGUGUAUCUCUUCAAGUCAAGGUCACAUCAAUACUUCCAGUCUAUCCCGAGUAUUGAAUAUGAUAAUUUAUUCCUCGAUGUCUGCAAACGCGGUCGAUAUUUCUCUCCAUUGGUUAUUUUUAUUAAUCAUCAAUCUCAUUUUCCUGCUGAGUUCAACUCCUCUGCUUUCGAUGAGUUCAUCAGGAUGCCAAACAAUAGGAGCUUUGUCUACCUUAUUCGCGCUCCCUUCUCGCUCUGUUCUAGCAAAGAGUCUAUCAAUGGCGUGAGUCCCCUUCAAGAGGUUGUCUCGAUGGCUGUGAAAGAUAUUGCUGAUGUUGAUGAACAAAACGGAUCAACCGAAUCCUUCCGAGUUCUUCGAUUUAUCUUCCCUCUAAUUGUAAACUCCAUUCCUUUUGAAACCCUUGUAAAUUACCUCUAUGUUUGUGCUUGUGGCAAAAGUGAAAGCCUUCAAUCAAUCCCUGAAAAUGGGCUCUUAAAACCAUCGCUGAAUCUACUGAUGGUAUUUCUAAGUGGUCCUGUCCAGCGCUAUUUGCGCGAGAGGCGCUUGGGCUCUAACGGCAAAGACGACCAUGAGAUUUUACUUCGAGUGAUUAGCAUCCUUGCGUGGAUGUUCUCCGCUCUAAUAGCAGCUAGAUGUCCCGCCGAUGGCAGUACCUCCGUUUUUUCCCCGCCUUUCGCUCCGGAACCCCUACAGGGCCCACAUUCUAGCCAAACGAGGACCACUCAACAUUCAUCAAUCCUCGUCGAUAGUGUUUAUGCUGAUAGUGAUAGUGAUAGUAGUAAUAGCGCUGAGGCAGAUUAUGAUGAUGAUGAUGAUGCUGAUGCGAAUAUUUCGCACACCGGAAGGGAUUUCGAACGAACACCACCACCAGCGGAAAUUAUAAGAUUUACAGACUCUGUACCUGGCCAAACUAAAGAGGUAUUCGAUCUAUUGGAGAAAAUCCUACUUUCAACAUCUAGGGACGUUAUUCAAGGUGCCUAUAGCAGUCACUACAGCGAUUCCAAGAGCAAAGACAUAGAGGAAGUCCUUAAUUCCAUUCCUAUUCUCUAUUCAAUGCUUGCCUUUUAUCGUUCUACACCCCCGAAUUCCCUCCGAUCGUUAACAUCGUGCGUAUCCGAAUCACCUCACUUCAUACAAGAUCUGUGGAAGCUAGUCACUACCAUUCGGAUGGAGAAUAAAGAGGAGACCAUCUUUGAUUCCAUCGUAAAUAAAACCAUUACGGAUACACCCAGGAACAUGGAUGUAUUUACCAGUGUUCUCUUAACCUUCUUGGCCAGUCUUCAUUAUCGUUUGCAUCAACUAACAGACGAGGAAGUAGAUGCAAAUCCUAAGCCGCCCGAAAAUAUCAAUUCCUACGGUUUUACUCCCAGCCGCCUUCUUUCUGUGGGCCUACGACUGCGAGACUUCCUACUUGGAGUUAUUGAUCUACUCUACCCGGACAGACCACCUCUGCGUGCUAAACCCGAUGGCUCAUACGCCCCGGUGACCUUGGGAGAUGUGAUUGCAAGGGUAGAGCGACAAAGAAUGUCUGGUAGAUCCCCAAACUCCCCAGAUAGAGAGAGAGUUGAUGAGAAGGCUCGAUUGAUAUGGUGUCUGCAUCGCUGGAGGAACGUUUUUCUUGCUACUCAGCAGGUCAUUCUCCUGAUUUACGGUUGGCGAAGACGUCGAAGGCGCCUUCAGUUUGAGGACUGGGCCAUUGCGACCAGCGAUCCUUCUAAUCAGGAAACGGAACCUGGAAUAGAGUGGCUCUGUUCCUCCUCUAUGUCCUCAGAACUAGCUGAAACACGAACUGCCGAGUGGAUAUUGAAAUUUUGCGAUGAUUUGAAAUCCCGAGAAUCUACUGGAGCUGAACUGGGUUAUUUCAGCUGUCUAAAUCCUGAUGCAGCUGAGGAUACGUCGAUGACCUCGGGAGCUUAUAUCUAUUGGAGAAAAUGGACUCUUAUCUUUGAGCUGCCUUUCAUCUUUCCCUUCUGGGACAGAGUCAAGCUAUUUGUUGCGAUGGUUAGAAACUAUCGUAUUAGUCAUCAAAGACCAACUUAUAACCACGGCUUGCUCACCACGCGAGGCAUUCCAGUCAACUUGAAGGUACAUCGAAAUCGUGUUUAUGAGGAUGUUUUCAUGUCUCUUGUUGGAAAACCAGGUUCGUUUGCUUAA